CCUUGCAGUUGGCUCAGCCCGGAGCGGUGGGCUCCGAUGCAUGGCGCCCGCCCGCCCUCUCUUGCGGAGCUCCCGGGCCCCUGGCCCGCGCCAGCCCGGUAGUUCUGAGGGAGGCGAGGGAGCAGCACCGGGCCCCCUCCUCCGUCCGCCGAGCAGCAGGGGCAUGGGCCCGGCGCUGCCCGUCGCCCUCGCCUAGAGGUUUUUGCGAGAUCGGAUCGGGAUCGCGCCCGAGGCCCAGCACGGCCGCCCGGGCCAGGCGCAGGCUGUGGCCACUUUGCAGAAGGCCCCGAUCCCGACGAUUGCAGUCCCGCCCUCGCUUCUCUGUUUCUCCUUCUGCCCGCCGGGGGUCGUUUUUCGUGUCUUCCAUUGCGCAAGCAAAGGCAGCCCGCGCAUGCCCCGGCCCGGGCGAUUUGGGUUUUGCAGGGGCGCGAGCGGUUGCAGGGUGGGGCCCCGCCCCCAUUGGCGUCACCCGUCGGCCCCGGGCGGUUGGUUGUCGGGCGCCGAUCGUUUUUCAUUCGGGGCCGGGGUGGCUCCCCUUGUUAUGUUUGCGUGCCGACGCGGAUUUUGGCCCGUCGGCGCGCAUGGUUGUAUGCGCGCAGGGCCAGCUUGUCGGGCGCUGGCCGCAGCAAGCUAGCAGUCAGUGGCGGCGCGCGCUUUUGUCGUUCUGUUGGCGGGUCCGCGGGGCCAGCGUUGUUCGUUUUCCCUUGUGGGUGGGCCCGUGUGUUGCAGUUUUUCCCCUCGCCAGGCGACAGUAGGUGUUGUGGGGUUUUGAAUUGUUUCG